AUCACUAAUGGGUAGGACUAUGAUGAAGGUAUACUACAAGAAAAUUGGGUUCUAGCGACGACACAUCUAGCGACGACAUUCCAAUUUUCGUCGCUAGAGGUACUUUCAGACAUAGCCGCCCACGUCUCCCCUGUUUAGCCGCCCAUAUAUACCCAAACCCCUUUCAGACAUAGCCGCCCAAAUAAAAACCCACCAAUUUUUAUUUUCCCUCGUUUUUUUUCCCAGACCCAUAUAUACCCAAACCCCUUUCUCUCUCCUCUCAGACCGAAACCCUUCUCCUCCCUUCUCCUCUCAGACCCCAAACCUCAAACCCAAACUCCUCUCAGACCCAAACCCCAAACCAUGAGAACCCCAAUCGACUGAACCCCAUCCUCUCGAGCAUCCUCCGAUCAUCCUCUCGGGCCGAUCUUCGUCUCGUGCAGCGGCGUCUCUCAGGAAGCUCCGUCGUAGGCGGCGGCAUUCAGCAUUUCAGGGACCACUCUAGAGUCUCGGGCAUUUGCUAAAAAAUUUCUUUGGAUUCCAAGGACCACUGGAGGCUUGGAUAUGUCUUCUGCGGUUAUGCAACAUCACGAAGGUGAUCGUGGGGCAGAUCCUCCUCCAGAUCCAAUGCAGAUGCAGGCUGAUUGUGAGAGAGUGACGACUAAAACGAAAAGGCGUGGCAUCAACAAAGGGUUUUCAACUCGAGAAGCUAGAGUUGCAUUAGGUAGACCACUACCACUGGCGUGGGAUGUUCGAGGGAAGACUUACAAAGAAAUUGGUGAUUAUUCCCAACAUUUCUCUAGAGAGAUCGACAUUCUCAUUCGACAAUAUGCCGAUCCCGACUACGACCGAUGGGAUAAAUUACCCAGCGAUGUUAGGGAUCGCAUACUUCCUCGUCUAGAGGAUGAUUUAUUCGACAUUGGUCGAAGUCGAUAUGCCUCAGAGAACCUCCCCAGCAUUCUUUUGGGCAUUCAACGGUCGUGCGUUGAUCGUUACUCGGAGUGGAAGAAUGACUUGUCCACUCAUUUAAAAAAGAAUGGUCGAGCACAUCCUCCUGAUGGUUUGGGCAUGGAGAAAUGGCAGAAGGCGCUCCAGUAUUUUGAUCGCCCUGAAGUGAAGAGGCGUUCUGAGAUUAACUCUGCGAACCGUGCAAAACAAAAACAGAGAAGUGUGCAGGGCUCACAGUCUACGCCAGCCCUUCGUUACAAGAAGCGUGAUUUACAAACUAGGUGUCUUGCUGGGGUUCCAGAGAUUUGGAUGGCGACUAAGUACAUAGACGGGGAAGGUUGGGUGAGCAAGGCAGCAAAUGAUAAUUAUGAAAAGAUGAUGGAGAUACGUGACACUCUGCAGUCACAAGACAUGCAAGAGGUGAAGGAGCGACUCCGAGCCAUAGAGGAGCACUUGGCUAGGAUUGGUGGAGUCUCGGGAUCUGGAUCUUCUCAGCAAGGUCAUGGUGUCGAUCCUACAACACCUAGUUAAAAACAUUUAUAUUUAUGUAUUUUAAU